GAUGAACAUAUUCGCAGACUGAAUUUUGAGUGGAUAAGUUCUGUUGACUCAAACAUUUCAAAACUCCUGGAGUUCCCAGUUCUUUGUCGCAGUACUGAGGUCAAAAAUAAGCUGGAUGUUAACCUCAAGGGGCCUUUACUCAAGCUGUUCAGGGAGCUUGAUUACUGGCUCAGACUCUCGUAUGAUGUUCAUCAUUAUUUUACCAAACUGUAUUACCGGCGUGAUGAUCUGCUUGAAUUGCGAGAGUAUGUCCUUCUGGUGGUUCGAGACUACAACAGAAUAAUAUCUGCACUGGGUGCGCAAGAAAUGGGAUUGUUCCGGGAAAAACUAAAGUUUUUGGACAGGAGAUUGUACCCUGGUCUGACCAAGUUAAGGUGGUCAUCAAGAGACGCAAUAGCCAUGUUCAUCACUGAGAGCAGAGUUCAUGCCAGCAAACUGCAAAUAAAGGUGGAUGAAUUCAUGGAUGGCAACAUACAAAUCAUGUCUUUGUGUGUCCAAAUCAGUGAACAGCUGCUUAUUAAGAUUGAGAAAAAUAAGCUGUAUGAACAUCUAUCAUUUGAAAAAGAACAGAAACAACAUCGCAGCAGAGUGGCUUCAAAGAUUGAAAGCUUAAUACAAAGUAUUGUUCAUCGUCUGAGCAAGACGUAUGGAAUGUUUAGUGAGGAAAAUGAUUUAGUGCAGAAUCACUGGUAUCGUUACACUGUACAGCAAGACAACAUACUGGAAGAAGCACUGCGUCUAAAUGUAAAAAGAUCUCUUCUGGAGCUUGCCAAAGCUAUCAUUGGAGAUAGAAAAUCUAUACCUGAACCAAUCUUCAAAGUCAAUCUGGUACUUGAGAGGAACAAGCCUCUUUUCAAAUGCAUUAGCAAAUGCAAAGAGGCGAAAAGGAUUCAGAAUGCUAUCCUUGCUGGUAUGGAAGCCAAUGCACAGACUCUUAUGAAUUAUAUAACAGUCUGGGACAAUUAUCGUGAAAUUUGGGAGAUCAACAAAGAUGCUUUCAUUCAUCGUUACCGAAAAUUGAAGCCUACUGUUGCAUCUUUUGAGGCAGAUAUUGCCAGGUACACAGAAGUUGCAAACAACAUAGAGAUGAACGAGACAGUACUGAAUAUCCAGUUUGUGCUUCUGGACUGCAAUCCAUUGAAGCUGUCCCUCCUCGCUCACUGUCAGGAAUGGCAGAAGAAAUUCACCAACCUCCUGCUGGAGAUGGCUACAGCAGAACUGAAAAGCGUCAACAACUACCUUGUCAGCAUGGGCAAAAGAAUUACGGCACCACCAGUCACGCUUGAUGAAUUUGCUGAAAGUACAAACCUGAUGGAACAGCUUAUGGCAGAAAAGAGCCUAACUUUUGCCAGGUUUGAUCCCCUCAGUGAACAGUUCAGCAUCCUACAUAAAUAUGAAGUCGCGGUUUCACCUUCUAUGACUGAAAUGCAUUUAAAUCUGCCUGAUCUGUGGCAGCAAUAUGAGCAACAGCUAGCAGAAGCAGAAGCAAUGAUGGCACGCAAGAGGGUAGAGUUCAAAAAGGGGUUAUUGCAAGAAUCAGAGGAUUUCAAGAAGGCAACACAAGAUGCUCUGCAUGAAUUUGCAGUUAAUGGCCCAUUCACUUCUGCCAUAUCUCCUCAAGAUGCCCUUGCCACAAUUGCACAAAUGCGGGCCCAUCUCAAUGCCCUCAGAGAGGAGGAGGCCAGACUACGCAAAGGCCUUGGCAUGUUUAGCCUUGAUCUUCCCCUGUCCAAAGAAAUCCAACAGCUGGAGAGGGACUUGGAUGCCAUCGAGGGUGUUUGGCUGUUAGCUGCACAGUGGGAUGACCUUUGGAACCAGUGGAAAGGAGGAGGUUUUAGUGACCUGAAAGUUGCAGAUAUGGAUGAUGCUUGUAACAUCGUUUUCAAGAAAAUCACCAAAUAUAGCAAAGAACUUAAGGAAAAAAACUGGGAGAUAGUUGAAAUGACUAGAGCUAGAGUGGACCAGUUUCGUCGUACAGUACCACUCAUCACUGACCUCAAGAACAAGGCCAUGCGUUUGCGUCACUGGGAUGAGAUCAUGGGUCUUCUUGACAUUGAAUUUGACCCUAAUUCAGAUGAAUUCACUUUAGAAUUCAUCGUACAACAUGGCUUUGAUAAAUUUGCCAACGUGAUCGGUGACAUUUCCAGCGCUGCUACCAAAGAGCUUCAGAUUGAAGUGGGAUUGGCAAACAUUUCAAGUGUAUGGCUGACCAAUGAAUAUGACAUGAUGCCAUAUAAGGAUAGAGGACAUUAUAAAUUCAGGACCACUGACAAUGUGUUUACAAGUCUGGAAGAAAACCAGGUUUCUCUGACAACAAUGAAGGCAUCCCGAUUUGUCAAACCCUUUGCUGCUGAAGUAGAUUACUGGGAAAAAAUAUUGUCUCAAAUCCUUGAGAUGACAGAGAUGCUGCUGCUUGUUCAAAGACUGUGGAUGUACAUGGAGAAUAUUUUUCUGGGUGAGGACAUUAGAAAACAACUACCACAAGAGACUGCUGAGUUUGAUGAUAUUAACCAACAAUGGAGAAAGAUCACCCGAAAGAUCAAAUCUGUUAAAAUUGUCAAGACGUUCUGUGAAGAGACAGGAAUGAUGGCUGAGCUGCAGCAAAUGAAUUUGAGCUUGGAGAGAAUACAAAAAGCCCUAGACAUGUUUUUGGAAACAAAACGCAUGAUUUUCCCUCGCUUUUAUUUCAUCUCCAAUGAUGAUCUUCUGGAAAUACUUGGAAAUACCAAAAAUCCAGAGAACAUUCAACCACACAUGAAGAAGCUGUUUGAUAACAUAAAAUCCCUGAAAAUUACUUGCGAAAGAGACAAAUGGAAAGUAGCGGGAAUGACAUCAUCAGAAGGAGAACAUGUUCCAUUUGAAAAGUUUAUGUAUAUAGAUGGUCCAGUUGAGAGCUGGCUGUGUGAGAUAGAGCAGUCGAUGAGAUGGACUCUGAAAGAAGUCCUAAAGAACACUCGGCAAGCUCUAAAAAAGAUGCUUUCUAAAAGGGAUAAAUGGAUCAAAGACUGGCCUGGCCAGCUGUGCAUCACUGCCAGUCAGAUCCAAUGGACAUGGGAUGUGACUCGAGCCCUUAUACAGGUCAAAGAAACAGGGGAAAGACAUCCACUAAAGAGGCAAAAGAAGAAGGAGGUGAAGAUGUUAUCCAAGUUCUCUGAAGCCAUUCGAGGCAACCUGACUAAGAAUCAGCGCAACAAAAUUGUUGCAUUGGUUACAAUAGAAGUUCAUGCCCGAGACAUAGUUGAGAAACUGUACAAGUCAGGCUGCAAAGAUGUGAAUGCCUUUGACUGGAUGAGUCAGCUGCGGCUUUACUGGGACAAGGAACUGGAUGACUGUGUAGUACGUCAGACCAACACCCACUUUCAGUAUGGCUAUGAAUAUCUGGGCAACUCAGGUCGUCUGGUUAUAACACCACUGACUGACCGCUGCUACAUGACGUUGACAACAGCACUGCACCUGCACAGAGGGGGCAGUCCCAAGGGGCCUGCUGGGACAGGCAAGACAGAAACCACCAAAGACUUGGGCAAAGCCCUGGGAAUGUAUGUCAUCGUGAUCAACUGCUCUGAUGGACUAGAUUACAAGUCCAUGGGCCGCAUGUUUGCAGGACUUGCACAGACAGGAGCAUGGGGCUGUUUUGAUGAAUUCAACCGCAUCAACAUUGAGGUCUUGUCUGUGGUGGCCCAACAAAUUCUGCAAAUCUUGAGUGCUUUAUCGGCAAACCAGGAUCAUUUUGUAUUUGAGGGCCAUGAUAUGAACAUUGUGUGGUCAUGUGGGUUGUUUAUCACCAUGAAUCCGGGCUAUGCUGGUCGUACUGAGCUACCAGACAACUUAAAAUCCAUGUUCCGUCCCAUUGCUAUGGUUGUUCCAGACUGCAAUCUAAUUUGUGAAAUUCUGCUUUUUGCUGAGGGAUUUGACAACACCAAGGUUCUGGCAAAGAAGGUAUUCACGCUGUAUUCCCUGGCUGUGCAGCAGUUGUCUAGACAAAAUCAUUAUGAUUUUGCUUUGCGAGCUAUUGUAUCAGUCCUUCGCUAUUCGGGCAAAAAGAAGAGAGCAAACCCAAACAUGUCCGACGAGGAGCUAAUUGUCUUGUCAAUGAAGGACAUGAAUGUGCCCAAACUAACCUCUGCUGACCUCCCUCUCUUCAAUGGCAUCAUGUUGGACCUCUUUCCUGGUGUGGAGGUCGCUGCUGUUGACUACACUGUGCUGGGAAAAGCACUUGAAAAAGAGCUUAGAUCUCAGAAACUACAAGUCACUCCUCAUGCUGUAACUAAAAUAAUCCAGCUGUAUGAGACCAAGAUGUCUCGUCAUUCAGUCAUGAGUGUUGGCUCAACACAAGCUGCCAAGUCUGUGUCAUGGCAUAUUCUGCAGGCAGCCAUGACUAACCUCUGUCUUGGUGGUGACAACAACUUUCAAGUUGUUAAGGAUUUUCCAUUAAACCCUAAGGCACUGUCACUGGCAGAACUUUAUGGAGAAUUUGACCUUUCCACAAAUGAAUGGUCAGAUGGAGUAUUAUCUUCUGUCAUGCGAAAUACAUGUUCUGACGAUAAACUUGAUGAAAAAUGGAUUGUCUUUGAUGGUCCUGUGGACACUCUGUGGAUCGAAAGUAUGAAUUCUGUCAUGGAUGACAACAAAAUUCUGACUCUCAUCAACGGGGAGCGAAUCAACAUGCCAGAUCAGGUUUCUCUUCUCUUUGAAAUUGAGGACUUGGCAGUGGCCUCGCCUGCAACUGUCUCGCGUGCAGGCAUGGUGUUUGCUGACUAUGUAGACAUGGGCUGGAAACCCUAUGUGGAGAGCUGGCUGGAGACCAAAGAUACGAUUCUGGCUGAAGAAGUGAGAAAUUCUUUCAAUAAAUGGCUUUUACGAACUCAAAAAUUUCAAAAGGAGAACUGCAAGGAGUUAAUACCCAUUGCUGAACUUAAUGGUGUGGCAUCUCUUUGUAAACUUUUUGAUGCCCUUGGGACUGUUGAAAAUGGGGUGGAUCCCUUGGAUUCAGAAUAUUUUCCCAAGAUGGUUGAUAUGUGCUUCCUUUUCUGCAUGAUUUGGUCUGUCUGCGCCUCGGUGGAUGAGGCUGGACGCAAGAGAAUAGACAAUUUUGUUCGCGAACUGGAGGGUUCGAUUCCCCACAAAGAUACAGUUUAUGAGUACUUCGUGGACAGCAAGGCUAAGACCUGGAGCCAUUGGGAGGAUAAAAUUAAAGGAGGAUGGAAGUACAACCCUGCGGUUCCCUUCUUUCAGCAGAUUGUACCUACAGUUGAUACAGUUCGUUACCAGUUUCUUAUGAAAACACUCGUAAACAUUCGAUGCCCUAUCAUGCUAGUGGGCCCAGUAGGAACAGGCAAAACAUCUGUUGCAGAAAGCACUUUGCGCAGCAUAGAUGCAUCAGUUUUCAAUGUUCUGACUGUGAAUAUGUCUGCACAGACCUCAUCAAAUCAAGUACAGGACCUGAUUGAGAGUCGAGUGGAGAAACGAACAAAGGGUGUAUUUGUACCUAUCGGGGGCAGGAAACUUAUCACUUUCAUGGAUGACUUUAACAUGCCAGCUAAAGAUGCUUUUGGCUCGCAGCCACCACUAGAGCUCAUUCGUCUUUGGAUUGAUUAUGGCUUCUGGUACGAUCGACAGAACCAGACUACAAAGAAAAUAUUGGACAUGCUGCUGAUUACUGGCAUGGGCCCCCCUGGUGGUGGGCGCAUGAUAAUUUCCCGCCGUCUGCAGAGUCGAUUCAAUCUCAUCAACAUGACUUUCCCACAGGAGUCCCAGAUUGGACGUAUAUUUGGCACCAUGCUGGAACAAAAGCUGCAAGACUUUGACGAAGACGUGAAGCCAAUUGGGACAGUAAUGACUACAGCCACUAUAGAACUAUACAACGUUAUUGUGCAGAAGUUUCUGCCCACUCCAGCAAAGAUUCACUACCUGUUCAACCUCCGUGAUAUUUCCAGGGUUUUCCAAGGCUUGUUGAGAGCAGACAAAAAAGUCCAUUAUUCCAAAGAUUCCCUCACUAGACUUUGGAUCCAUGAAUGCUUCCGAGUUUUCUCAGACCGCCUUAUCAACUCAAAGGACAGAGAGAUGUUUGUCACAGUGUUGAGUGAAAAGCUGGGCUCUAUGUUUGACCAAAGCUACCAUAGUAUUUGUCCCAACAGAAUACCACCUAUUUUUGGUGACUACAUGAAUGCAGACCUGAUUUAUGAAGAUAUAACAGAUGCCAAUAAGCUGAAAUCAUGCAUGACAAAUUUUCUUGAUGUGUACAACAACACCCCAGGGAUUGUUGCGAUGGAUUUGGUUCUUUUCCGCGAUGCAAUAGAACAUGUGUCAAAGGUAGUGCGAGUGAUACGUCAGCCCCGUGGCAACAUGCUGAUGAUAGGCAUUGGAGGAAGUGGGCGCCAGAGUCUGACCCGACUGGCAGCCUUCAUUUGUGAAUAUAAGACUUUCAGCAUUGAGGUGACAAAGAACUACAGAAAGCAAGAGUUUAGAGAUGAUAUAAAACAACUGUAUAACCAGUGUGGUGUGGAAAACAGAUCCACAGUCUUCAUCUUCAAUGAUAUACAGGUGAUACAAGAAAGUUUUCUUGAAGAUAUUAACAACAUACUCAGCAGUGGGGAGGUGCCCAGCCUUUACAAAGCUGAUGAAUUUGAAGAGGUGAAGAAUUCAUUGGCAGACGAGACUGCAAGAGCUGGAAUAGAAGACACCACACAAAAUGUGUUUGAUUUUCUUAUUAAUCGUGUCCGGACUAAUCUACAUGUUGUACUAUGCAUGAGUCCUGUUGGCGAAGCAUUCAGGAAUCGCAUCCGGAUGUAUCCAGCUCUUGUGAACUGCACAACAAUUGACUGGUUCCACAAAUGGCCUUUGGAUGCUUUGCUGGAGGUUGCUGACAAAUACCUCAGCAACAUGAGUCUUGGUAGUGCUGAGCAAGACAAGUUAAAGCCCUCCCUGGCUCAGGUUUUUGGAACUGUACACAGCUCUGUGUCUCUGUUCUCUGCCCGGAUGUUGAAUGAAAUGCAUCGGCAUAAUUAUGUAACACCUACAAAUUACUUGGAACUAGUCUCAGGGUACAAAAGGCUUUAUCGUGAGAAGGAGAAAGAACUGGGAGAUGAAGCCAACAAAUUGAAGAAUGGUCUUUUCAAGAUAGAUGACACUCGAGAAAAAGUUCAAAACAUGUCAGUGGAACUGGAGGAAGCAAAUAUUAAUGUCAUGGCCUUCCAAAAGGAAUGUGAUAAAUUCAUCAGUUUGCUUGUCGCGCAGAAGCAAGAGGCAGAUGAACAGCAGAAGGCUGUAAGUGUACAAAGUGCUCGGAUCCGAGAAGAGGGGAAAAAAUGUCAAGAGAUAGCAGACUCUGCUCAGCACGAUCUUGAUGCAGCACUACCAGCAUUACAGGCUGCUGUUGAAGCACUGGAAUCAUUGAACAAAAAGGACAUGACAGAGAUCAAGUCUUAUGGAAAACCACCAGCUAUGGUGGAAAAAGUCAUGCAGGCUGUGAUGAUACUGCGCAACUCAGAUCCCUCAUGGGCAGAAGCCAAAAAGCAGCUGGGUGAAGCCAACUUCUUGAAAGACCUGAUGAACUAUGACAAGGAUAAUAUAACUGACAAAGUGUUAAAGAAGAUUGGCAAAUAUUGUGACCAGGCAGACUUUGUGCCAGAGGUUAUUGGCCGAGUUUCCACUGCUGCCAAGUCACUGUGUAUGUGGGUCCGUGCCAUGGAGGAGUAUGGUCGCAUUUUCCGGAUAGUGGAGCCUAAACGACAGCGCCUCUACAAAGCCAUGGCUACUUUAAAAGAAAAGCAAGACAUGCUGGCAGAAGCAAUGGCUAAGCUAAAAGAAUUGGAGGACAAGUUGGAACUGCUGAAGAAAGAAUAUGAUGAGAAACUGAUGAUGAAAGCUGAUCUGCAGAGAAAAGCUGCUCACAUGGCGCUCAUGAUGGAGCGUGCUAGAAGACUAGUAGAGGGUUUAGCUGGUGAACGGUUGCGCUGGCUGGACACAGUAGAGGAAUUAGAAAACCAGAUGGGAUACCUACCAGGAGAUUGCAUGAUUGCUGCUGCUUUUCUGUCUUACUUGGGACCCUUCUUGUCUGAGUAUCGUGAAGAGAUUGUGAACAAAGUGUGGAUAUCAGAGAUUCGCACACUAGCUAUUCCUUGCACACCAUCUUUCUCCUUCACGGACUUCAUGGUAAGACCCACACAGGUGCGUGACUGGAACAUUCAAGGUUUACCCAGUGACAGCUUUUCAACAGAGAAUGGUAUCAUUGUAACUCAAGGAAAUCGCUGGCCAUUGAUGGUAGAUCCACAAUGUCAGGCCAUCAAGUGGAUCAAGAACAUGGAAGGAUCUAAGGGCCUGCGGAUAAUAGACUUGCAGCAGUCUGAUUACAUGCAUAUCUUGGAGCAUUCCAUUCAGAUGGGCAUUCCUGUGCUGCUUCAAAAUGUACAGGAAGUGCUGGACCCAUCAUUAGACCCUGUCUUGACAAAGUCACUGGUGAAAGUCGGCAACGCUUACAUCAUGAAGCUGGGAGACAAAGAGGUUGAGUACAACCCAGAGUUUCACUUCUAUAUCACCACUCGAAUGUCCAACCCACAUUACACACCUGAGAUCUCUACUAAGACUGCAAUUGUUAAUUUUGCUGUGAAAGAGCAAGGUCUUGAAGCACAGCUACUUGCAGUUGUGGUGGGUAAGGAACGACCAGAUCUUGAGGAAAUGAAGGACAGUUUGGUACGUGGCAUUGCAGCAGGCAGGAAGAAGCUAAAGGAUCUUGAAAAUGAAAUCCUUAGACUCCUGAAUGAAACCAAGGGAUCCCUCUUGGAAGAUGAAACUUUACUAAAUACUCUGGAGACAUCCAAAGUUACUUCACAUGAUGUUGGUGAGCAGCUGGCAACAGCAGAGACAACUGAAGUGAAAAUUGAUGCAGCACGUGAGGGCUACAGGGACAGUUCCAAGCGUUCUGCCAUCCUGUUCUUUGUGCUGAAUGACAUGGGCCACAUUGAUCCCAUGUAUCAGUUCUCCUUGGAUGCGUAUAUUGAUCUCUUCAUUCUUUCAAUUGACAAAAGUCCAAAAAGUUCAGAUUUGGAGGAGCGUAUUGCUCAGUUGAAUGAAUAUCACACCUAUGCUGUCUACAGAUACACAUGCAGAGCGCUUUUUGAAAAACACAAACUCCUAUUCUCAUUCCACAUGUGUGCUAAAGUCCUAGAGUCUGGUGGCAAGCUCUGUAUGGAUGAGUACACCUUCUUUCUUCGUGGAGGCGUGGUUCUUGAUCGAGACAAUCAGAUGGAUAAUCCUUGCUCAUGGCUGUCAGAUCUGGCUUGGGACAACAUCACUGAACUGGAUAAACUGACCAACUUCCAUGACAUCAUUACUUCCUUUGAGCAGUAUGGCAGGGAAUGGUAUGAGUGGUUUACAUCUGACAAUCCCGAGACUGCUUUCCUUCCUGGUGAAUGGGAGAAUAGCUGUAAUGAACUACAGCGCAUGCUUUUGGUACGGUCUCUGAGACCUGACCGAGUGUCCUUCUGUGUCACAUCCUUUAUUGUGAACAACAUGGGCGUCAAGUUCACAGAGCCACCAGUUCUCAACAUGCAGCAGGUGCUGGAGGACUCCACUUGUAAAACGCCUCUCAUCUUUGUUCUCUCUCCUGGCGUUGAUCCGACUGCAGGUCUUAUGCAGCUUUCACAAGCAAAGGGAUUUGGUGAGCGCUUUUCUGCUCUAUCCCUUGGACAAGGUCAGACUCCUGUUGCCACACGCCUCCUGAGAGACGGUGUUAGAGAUGGCAAGUGGGUGUUUUUGGCCAACUGCCACCUGUCUUUGAGCUGGAUGCCAGCCUUAGACAAACUGGUGGGUCAGCUGCAAGUGCAGGCUCCACACCCUGAUUUUCGGUUGUGGCUCAGCUCUUCCCCCAGUCCAGACUUUCCUAUCUCCAUCCUCCAGCAGGCCAUCAAAAUGACCACUGAACCACCCAAGGGCUUGAGAGCAAACAUGAAGCGGCUGUACACCAAGAUAUCUGAGACUAAGUUUUUGCAAUGCAAAACUCGGGAAAAGUACAUUCGUCUUCUUUAUUGUCUUUGCUUCUUUCAUUCUGUCCUUCUUGAGAGGAAGAAGUUUCUCAUGCUUGGUUGGAACAUUGGCUAUGAAUUCAACGACUCUGAUUUUGAGGUGUCUGAAAAUCUACUUCAAAUUUAUCUGGAUGCCUAUGAAGAAACACCAUGGGAAUCAUUGAGAUACCUCAUUGCAGGCAUAAGCUAUGGUGGUCAUGUUACUGAUGACUGGGACAGACGGCUGCUUAUGACGUACAUGGGACAGUAUUUUUGUGAAAGGGUUUUGGAAGUAUCUUUAUAUCCAUUAUCCAUUCUACCCACUUACUUCGUUCCAAUUGAUGGGCCAUACAACAUUUACCUUGAUCAUAUCCACUUCCUGCCUGCAAUAGAUCACCCAGAGGCUUUUGGGCAGCAUCCUAAUGCUGACAUCACAUCUCAGAUCCAGGAAGCAAAGUGUCUUUUUGACACCCUUUUGUCCCUGGCCCCACAGCAGACAUCAGGAGGUGCUGGAGAAAGCCGUGAGGAUAAGGUGCUGGAACUGGCAGCUAACAUCUUCAAACAGAUCCCAGAGAACAUAGACUUUGCUGCAACUGCCAAGCUUCUGUCCGUUGACCCCUGUCCACUAAACGUUGUGUUGCUCCAAGAGAUUCAGCGAUACAAUGCUUUGCUGGUUGAUAUCCGCAUAUCACUGAUAGAUCUGGAGAAGGGGAUCCAGGGGCUGGUAGUGAUGACGGCGGACUUGGAGAUUAUUUUCAACUGCCUUUUUGAUGGUCGUGUUCCACCAUCAUGGGAAAAGGCCUACUCUUCAUUAAAGCCCUUAGCAGCAUGGACACGUGACCUGGUGAUGAGAAUGGACCAGAUGUCAAAGUGGGCCUUAACAGCUCACCAGCCAACCAUUUUCUGGAUGUCUGGCUUCACCUUUCCCACAGGCUUCCUGACAGCUGUGCUACAGACCUAUGCCAGGAAGAACAAUGUUUCUAUUGAUCUCCUUUCUUGGGACUUCUCAGUGCUGACUGUAGAUGAUUCAAAUGUCCCUGGGCAGCCCAAGGAGGGCGUGCUUGUUAAAGGAAUGUUUCUACAAGGUGCAGGCUGGGACAUGAAGAAUCAAAUGUUGAUAGAAGCAGCUCCUAUGCAGCUUGUUUGUCCGAUGCCUUCUAUCCAUUUUAAGCCUUCUGAAGCUAAAAAGAAAAGCAGCAAAGGUAUUUAUACUGCUCCUUGCUACUACACACCAAACAGAGCUGGUUCAGCUGGACACCCAUCCUUUGUGGUGGCUGUUGACCUGAAGACUGGGGAGAAGCCUCCAGAGCACUGGAUCAAGCGGGGAACGGCUCUUCUCAUGAGCCUAGACUACUAAGCCCUCUUGCUUAGCUGAGGCUGAAGUGGCAGGAACAAGGCAUUCCAGCCAACAUAUGUUCACUUCAGACCAAAAACUAAACAAAAAACAACCCAACUCCUUUUAUUUGAUAGCUGUAAGCCCAGGAUGCAUAUAAUCUUUAUACAUGUACACUAACCAGAAUAUUAAUAACAUUAUUGCAUGCAGGUGACAUUCUGACAUUAAUGAGGUGAUAGUAUACAAUAUGACAAAAGAAAAGAUUUACAUUGUGAGAAAACUGCAUGAUAUUGAAAUAUAAAUGGGACCAUAAAAAAUCUUUAAACUAAGACAUUACCAAGCAAAUGAAUCGGCUUAAAUUUGUGUCUAUUUUUAGAUUUACUAUUCAUUAAUUAUUCAAAUUUAAGGCCAUUUGAGUAAAUGACAAAAUAUUUUGGAAACAGAUUCAUAGGGUUAGCAGGUGGUAAAAGGUAAGGACAUAAAAACAUGUAAUGAAACUUGUAAAUAACAGGACAACUAUUAUACAUGUCUCCUCUAGAUUAUACAACUAGAUGUAAUGAAUACAGUAUUUAAUUUUACAAAUCCUUACAUAGUUUUGACAAUAAACAUAUUAGCAUAAAGCAUAUCACAGCUGCGAAAUAUUUACCUG